ACUAAGUCAGUAGGCCAUUGGGUGCACAACGCAUAAUAAUGCUCACCGGAUAUGCGUCCCUGUCAGAGCUGACGCUACUUUCAAACUAUACACACCCUGUAUCGUCUAACAAUGAGCCAUUAACGUUGUUGCCGGAGACAGUGAAGUGUUAAAUUUAUGAAGUGAUUGUGCCAAAGAAUUGUGAAACAAUGAAGUGUAAUUUACUGCUUGUGGCGGUUUUGAUAAUUAGUGUGAAAGCAGCGCCAUAUAUACUAAAACCGGACCAAACAAACCAGCAGCUAGAUCAAUCGAUGUUGAACCAAAUAGCUCAACAGUCAUUGGAGCAAUGGAUUCUGCAAAAUCAAUAUAAUUCAAUGCAGCAACAGCUGAUGGCAAUGCAGUAUUUGCGUGCGACGAAGAAACCUCUAUACAGCCCAGUACCGUCGUUGUUUAAUGUACCUCAGCAACCGUUAUUAUUACUAGUGCCUAGUACGGUUGCGAAAACUACGAAUCGACUCGAAAAUUACAACGAAAAUAAUGAACCAGAUUUUAAAAUUGGAAUUGGAGAUGCUGACUCGGUAGUAAUUAACGCUGAAAACGAAGUAAAUAUCCCAGAAACAAGCAUAGCUCCCCAAAGAGCUGUUGUAGUGUUACCGAAUGGCCAACGAUUAAUAAUAGGAAGCAUUAUAUCUGCUAUACCGUUCUUACCAUUUGAAGUAAAUGUGCCAGAUACCAUUGGAUGGUUUUAUAAUGGUAUAGCUGGUAUUAUUGGAGGGAUUGGUCAACGGCUACCAUUCAGACCAAAACCUACAACGGAAAGUCCAGUUCAGCAAAAUCAAGAAUCACUAACACAAGAAUCGAUGACACCAAAUCAAGAGUCCAGACUUGCUCCAGAAACCGGGAUGACACCAACACAAGAGACCAGAAUGAAGCUGAUGCAGAAACUUAUGUCCAGGAGGCCGAAUAUAGGUACGCCAAUAUUAAUGUUGCCUAUGACAUCGACUGUUCCAAUACAACUGCAAGUAUAAAUAAAGUUAU